CGAUCUCGCUUCGAACGCUGCUUAAUCACUAUAAUAAGGUUCAUGGCCAUGAAACCAAUUUUCGAGUUGUAUGUAACGUUGACGAUUGUCCGGCAAUAUUUACGAAAUAUAACUCGUUAUAUAAGCACAUUACAAGGUGCCAUGAGGAUGUAUACAAUGAGACUGUUAAAGGCAACUCUGAUGUUGAUAAUACUGAGGACAACGUCAAUGAUGAUGGUGAUUUAUUUGAUUACAACCUGCGUUUAUAUAACGAAAUAUCAGACAAAGAUAGUUCCGAUUCCGAAGAAUUAUGGGAAGCGAACAUGGCUGACAAGCAG